AUUGAAUUCGGUUGUAUUGUCAUUUAUAUAUUGUAUAGAGUUCAGUGUGCCCACCCUACUAAUAUGUAUAUGUAUAGUUGUGUAAGUGGUUUGUUGUAGCUUGGAGUUGAAUAUGUUUAAUGAAAUAUGCAAUACUGUUAUUGUUAUACAAAGUUGUUUAAUUUUGGUGAAUUUUGAAGAGAAUUUUUUUACAUUAAUUCAGAAUUGAUGCUAUAUAGUAUUCUUUGAAUAUGAGGAAUUUACCUUUAUAACUUAAAUAUGACUCACACUGGGUGAAGCUGAGAAAAUGACUAAUCUAACUGCACAAAGAUUAAACAGUUUUAUUAUGUACAACAAUGUUUUAGAAAGGUGAAAAAACUGAUAAGUGUUAAGCGAAAUAUAAGUUUGGAUUUUUUUUGUUAAGCUGAUGAGUGAAUCGGAAAUAAAGUGAAUUUCAAGUGGCUUUAAUAACUGAAAAGGCGAGAUGGAAAAAUUGAAAAUCUUUCGAUGUAUUCGGGUGAAUAUUCCCGGUGUUGCGGUACUAUUUCAACUUUUGCUGUGCGUAACAAUAGCAACCUCCACUAAACUGAGACACUCCAGGCAUUUGGAUGCGAAAUCUUAUCUUCUAAACGAAAAUGAUUUUAUGAUUGAGCAAGAGAGAAACCACAAUCAUAAACCUGUAUUUUCGAAUUGUUCAAAUUAUGCUCCUAUGGUGAAAGAAGAAGAACCAGCAGGGACUAUUGUCAUUAAAGUACAUGCCGAUGACCAAGAUCCACCUGAAGAAGGAGGAACUAUAUCAUACAGUUUUGUUACUGUAUCUGGUGAGAAAGUUAAAUUUGAAAUCAACAACAGAACUGGACUUAUUAGAACAACACAAAGUUUUGACAGAGAUGAACCAACACGUGAAAAAGAAGUAUAUCUGACAGUACUAGCUACAGAUAAUGGAAAACCACAACUCGAUGAUGUUUGUACAUUCAAAGUUACUAUCGAAGAUGUAAACGAUAAUCAUCCUUUUUUUGAUAAAGUGGAAUAUAUGGAAUCAGUUCCACAAGAUUUGCCUCUUGGCAGUGAAGUGAUGAGAGUUUCAGCCAUUGAUGUAGAUGACGGAAACAAUUCUGUUGUUCAUUACAGUUUAGUGUCCAAAAAGACUGAUGAUAGUGAUCCUUAUUUUAGAAUUGAUAUAAACACAGGAGUAAUUUUCUUAAAUAAAACAUUAGACAAAAACCCAGAUUAUAAAUUUAUUAUGGAAGCAACAGCUAUGGAUCAAGGUCAACCACCACGUUACAGUACAAUUGAUUUAAAUAUAAGAGUUGUCGAGUCACACAAGAAAGCUCCUUCUUUCGAUUUUAGAUCUUCAGAGCCUAUUAGUUUGCCAGAAAAUUUUUCUGAUUUUGAUCAAUGCAUUGCAACUUUGACUGCUACCUCAAACAUUGAUUACAGUCCAGAUGUGAUAUUUGACUUUGUUAUUGGAAGAGCAGAACAAACAAAUAAAGGAAAUACGUUCAGGUUGGAUUUACCGAAAUCAACAAACAAUACCGUUUGCAUAAAAUUAGCUCAUCAUUUGGAUUAUGAGACUGUCACCGAAUACACUUUACGUGUGAGAGUUCAAAAUAAAUAUCAAUUGGCUGCUGAAACCCUUGUCAGUAUUCAGGUACUUGAUGUUAAUGAUAACAUUCCAACGUUCCUGGAGCUAGAGAAAGGUAGUGUUUUAGAAAAUGAAAAACCCGGCGUAUCUGUAAUGCAAGUUCGAGCUAUAGAUGCUGAUGGAACUAAAGCACACAAUCAGAUUACAUAUGAACUUGACAACUUCAAAGAUUUAUUUGCAAUUGAUGAAAAAACUGGCAAUAUAACAACACUAGUGAGAUUUGAUAGAGAGAAAGAAGAUACAUAUAAUGUAAAAGUGAUUGCAAUUGAUAAUUCUCCCAGUGCUCUGUUUAAAACUGGAGAACACAAUAAAGGACAACAAGUUUUUCGUAUUGAAAUAGCAGAUAAAAAUGACAAUAGUCCACAUUUUACUCAUUCUCUAUAUGUUGCUAAAGGAGUUAUGGAAAAUGCAAACAUUAAUCAACGUGUAAUUGAAGUUGAAGCUAAAGAUGAAGAUACAGUUAGUCCUGUUAUUUAUAGUAUUAUUUCAGGCAAUACAAACAAUAGUUUCUAUAUCGAAAGUACUACCGGGAAAAUACGUGUUAAUCAGCCUUUAGAUUUUGAAAAAAUUACCGAAUAUGUUUUGACUGUUAAAGCUUUCGAUGGAUUAUUUAAUGACACAGCGCAAGUCAAAAUUUUUAUUAAUGAUGUAAAUGAUAAUUUACCAGUUUUCGAGAACUUUGACACCAAUCCAACAAUAGAAGAAGAAAAACUAAUUGACACAUGUAUUACGACUGUAGUUGCUUAUGAUCCUGACAUCAAGGACAGAAAUGCUGAUCAAAAUAUCACUUAUAAUAUUGUCAAAGUUGAACAGCAACCUCUGAUAGACAUCGACAAAUCAGGUUGUUUGAAAUUGAAAAAACCACUGGAUCGAGAUGCUCCCAAUGGGUAUCCAACAUGGACGGUUAUUGUUAUGGCUAGAGAUGAAAAUGGUUCGCCAACUUCUCUUCAGAAUCUUCAAAUGGUGAAUAUAACGCUAGAAGAUAUAAAUGACAAUGCACCAUUUCUUAAUAUGCCAUAUCCUGUUAUAUGGGAUGAAAAUAAAGUGGCUGGAAAAAUUAUCACAUUGGAGGCGCAGGAUUAUGAUGAUCCUAAAAAGAAUGGACCUCCAUUUUAUUUUGAAAUUGAUUAUUCUGCAGACGAGGAAAUUAAAGCGAAAUUUGCAAUUAAAGAUAAUAAUCUUUAUGCAUUGGUUAAAUUUGAUCGUGAAGAGAGAAAAAGUUAUGUUAUUCCUAUUUCAAUAACAGACAGUGGCACUCCUAGAAUGACUGGUAUUUCUUUGUUAACAGUCAUUAUUGGUGACGUAAAUGACAAUCCAAUGAGAAAUGGUAACAGCUCUAUAUUUGUUUAUAACUAUAAAGGUGAAGCUCCUGAUUCAGAAAUUGGUAGAGUCUACGUUGACGAUCCCGAUGAUUGGGAUUUACCAGACAAGAAAUUUUCAUGGGCAUCUUCACACGAUGGAUUUCAAUUAAAUCCUGAAACUGGAAUGAUUACUUUACUUUCGGGUACAACGAAUAAGUCGUUUAUUCUUAAAUUUCGCGUUAAAGAGCAAAGUAGCUAUUUCUUAGAUGGAUAUUCUGAAGUGACAGCCGAAGCGAUUGUUAAUGUUACUAUUAAAGAAAUUCCCGAAGAAGCUGUCGCCAAAUCUGGAUCCGUACGAUUUUAUGGAAUGAACGCUGAAGAAUUUGUAAUGCCUUUUGGUGAUUCAGGUUUUAGUAAGAAAAAUAUGUUUCAACAAAUUUUGGGAAAUAUAUUAAAUGUAUCGACGGACAAUGUGGAUGUAUUUACGGUACUUCAUUCACCACAUCAUAAUAAUAAAUCUUUAUUAGACGUCCGAUUCUCUGCUCACGGAAGUCCUUAUUAUGCGCCAGAGAAAUUAAAUACUAUAUUAGCUGAACAUGCUAUUGAAAUUGAACGAAAAUUAGAAACAAAUAUUUUAUUAAUAAAUGUUGACGAAUGCCUUCAAGAAAAACUUCACUGUAACAAUUCCUGUCGAAGUUUUCUUAAUGUUAGUUCAGUGCCUUCAACUGUUUUUACAAACACGAGCUCGUUUGUUGGUGUUCGAGCUGUUGUUGAUCCUCAGUGUAUUUGUCACGUGGCAGAACCAAUUGUUUGCUUAAACGAUGGAAUUGCAGUUGGUGAAAAAUGUAAGUGUCCUGCAGGAUUCGAAGGAGCAAGAUGCGAGUUAUUGGCUAUUGGAUUUCAUGGUGACGGUUGGGCUGUUAUGCCAUCACCUGGACAAGCUUGUGAUGAUUCACAUUUAGGUUUGGAAAUAACUCCUCAUACAGAGAAUGGAUUGAUUUUCUAUUUUGGCCCAGUAUUUUAUUCUUCGAAAUUAGGAAUUCAAGACUUUAUGGCUUUGGAAAUUGAAAAUGGAUACGCGGUUUUGUACGUUGAUUAUGGUACAGGCACAGUUAAAUUAGAUCAAAAACAAAUUAAGUUAACUGACGGUAAAAGUCAUAGAAUAGAUGUUUAUCUAACCAAAAAUGCAAUUGAAAUGAAGAUCGAUAAUUGUGGAAUAUCAGCUUGUAUGGGUCUUACUGCUCCGCAAGGUUUAAAUGAAUUCUUAAAUGUAAACGGACCUAUGCAAGUUGGAGGCACACUUUCAAACCUAGCUUAUUUAUCCAACAAUUUGGGUUGGAAUUAUACUCCAACAGAAAAGGGAUUUGUAGGAUGUAUUCGAAAUAUGACAUUCAACGGAAAUACAUACAAUUUAGGAAUGCCGUCCAUGGCCAAAAACGCAGAUUCUGGAUGCAAUCAUGGAAUGGCAAAAGCUGUUUCUUUUGGAAUAGAUAGAAACUUUUUGGUAGCUAUUUGUGUUUGUGCGGUUACAUUGUUUAUCCUUCUUUUGGCUGUAGUUGUUCAUAAAAAACGAACGGAUGAUUUAUAUAAAGACAUGGAUGAUAUAAGAGAGAAUAUAAUUAAUUAUGACGAUGAAGGAGGUGGUGAAGUAGAUACGGGCUAUGAUCUAAAUGUUCUUAGAGCUAUGUACGAUCCUUCUCUGGAUUCGAAAAUUACACCUUUGGGACUACAAACAAGAGGACAAAACGAAGUGCCUGAUAUUUGUGGUUUUCUUGAUGUACGAAAAGAGAGUUGUGAUAAAGAUCCUGACAUUAACCCAUUUGAUGAUGUUAGACAUUACGCUUAUGAAGGUGGAGGCAAUUCAGAUGGAUCAUUGUCAUCAUUAGCUUCGUGCACUGAUGAUGGAGAUUUAAAGUUCAAUUAUCUUUCAAACUUUGGACCAAGGUUUAGAAAAUUAGCUGAUAUGUAUGGAGAGGAAUCCAGUGAUGAAGAAAGUGAAGGUGUCUGCGAACGCGAAAGUGAAAGUUGGUGUUAAAAGAAGUGAAUUGAUUUAGAAGCAUAUUUUAGAUGAUCUGCAUCAAGUUAUUGCUUGAAAAUACAGAGAAAAAAGAUUUUUCUAAACAAUUAAUUUUUAAAUUAGAAAAAAGAAAAAAAUCUUUCUUUGAGCUGCAAUUCAAAUAAGAAUUAUUUUUAGAAAAAAAAAAAAUAAUUGACAUAUAGUUUAUAAAAUAAUAAAUAUAUUAUUUUAUUAUAAGAAUUUUUUCAAGCACUAACUAAAUGACAUAGUGCGCCUUAAAAUAUUAUUUUAAUAUUCUUUGCUUCCACGCGGAAAAAAUCUUCGCCCAAGAUUUUUUCAUGUCAUACAAUUUCAACUGUUGUCGAGUCGGCGUCGUCUUAUAAGUAGUAAAAACGAAUAUAUAUUUUUCGUCUUUAUGUACUUAAAGUAAAUAUAUAUAUACUAUAAUUUUUUUUUCCAUGGCGAAGAACGCAUUUCCUUCGAUUUCGAAUUCUCUAAUUCUACGACACGCCAAAGAAUCGAAACAGGAAAAUGUGAUAUUAAAUAUUUGAUGUAAUAUACAUUCCCAUUGUGCUGAAUGAAUAGCAAACGUUUUAAAAUGUUAAAUAAUAAAUAUUUUAGGUUUUAUACUAAAGCCUUAAACAUUGAUCAAAUACAGGGUGUAAAAUUUACAUAUGAAACUAUUAUAAGUUAAAAAAAAAAUUCUAAUCAAAUAUAUCGUGAACAGAAACAAUAAGUAUUAAAUAGAGGUAUUUAAAAUUGAUUAAAUCAUCGUUAAAUGAUCUAUUAUAUGAAUACAUUUUUUUAAAUGAAGUGUGACUGAUUAUUGUUAAAAAAAAAUUUAUUAACAGAGAAAUUCUGUACAUAAAUUUAAAAAAUUUUUUGAAAACUUGUACGAUUUUUAUAUCAAAGGAUCACAUAUUCUUUGUAAGUCUGCGGAAAGUGUGUCUUCCGUCCAAACAUAAUUAUUCUUUUACAUUCUCAUUAGUUAUUACUGAAAAUAGUUUCUAAUUAAAUGAACUAUUUACACCAUAAAUAACUGUAUAUUAUCUUUUUAGAUUUAAUUUUUUUUAUUUUAACCCUACAAAACUUGCUUGAUGAUAAUUUUUUACUUUUUUUUUGAAAGGAGUAAAUUUUAAAAAUUUUGAAAAAUAAAGAUUAUUAAAAGGAUUCUCCCCAUUAAAAUAUUUUUUAGUAUUUUAAACAAAGGUGGAAUAUAAAGGCAAGUUUUGGAGGGUUAAUUAAAGAAGUAUGUAAUUUUAUAGGUUUACAAGUAUAUAGGUAUAUAUAUGUGACGCGACGCAAAGAAAGGUACCUAAGAAGGCAAAAAUCGAUUUUCGGAUUAUGAUUGUUUUCGAUAAACUAAAGAUUGCUUUUCAAUUAUCUGAAGUCAAAAUUAAUUUUUAUCUAAUACUUUUCUUGUAAUAACGAUUUAAAGAUGAACAAUUCGUGCUAAGAGUUGAUUCUCUUUUUCCUCACGCACACAUAUCUACGCUCCCCUCUCACUGUAACCAUGCGCCACUUGAAGUUCGGGUCGGUAUUCGUGAUUUAGAGAGAGAUGCGCUGACUACACCGUUCUCUCUCACUACGAAAGCACGUGAACGAGGUGCAUCUCUCUUUACUUGCCGAAGACGGCCGAAUACACAGACGCUAACUCGAAUUAGUAGUGGGAAACGAGAGAGAGUAAGAGAUAUCGGAAAUUCUGCGCCGCGUUCUAGCUUGUUCUUUUCCCUCUCCUGUAAAAUUGCCGUUUGGCUUCUUAGGUACCUUUCUUCGCGUCGCGUCACAUAUACAUACAAAAAUUGUAAAUUUUACGAAAACAAUUUUCAAGUUCAUAGUUAUCGUAAGAAACUGCAUUGUAUUUAUACAUUUAUUAAUAUUAAUUAAGCAGCUAUAGUGUCAUUUCGAUUAAGGGGUUACAUCACUCGAAAAUUCGAAAUUUCUAAUGCUUGAAUGGUGCUUUAAAGCCUUAAAAAUAAGAAUAUUAAUUUAACAUCAAUGUGAAUGACACAUCAUUUUACGAGGAAAAUAUAUUUUGUAUAAAGUUUUUUGCGUUUUAACAUUCCGAUAUGAAGCAGCUAAUUUUUUUUUUUUUUAGAAAUAAUACUAAAAAUGUUAGUUUUAUAUCAUGAGACAUUUAUUGUUAGAUAUAAAUAGCCGAAAGGCAAUAUAAUUUACAUUUAUUUUUUAAAUGAAUUAUAAAAAGAAAAAAAAACAUUAUUUUUGAACGCUUUGAGUGAUGUUACGUCUUAAAAUUGUAGAACAAUGUAAGAAGAAAUUUAUCUAAUUUAUUACGUAGAUACAGCCACAAAUGAUUGUAAAAGUCCCAGGAUAAUUUUAUUUCAGUAUCAUCGUUAAUUGUAAAAUAUUUUAUGUGCCACUGCCGAAUUUUUUUUUACUUUUAUAUAAUUUAACUUUUAUAUUUUUUGUUUAAAACAAUUUAAUAUUCUUUUUUUAUGGAUAAAUUAUACUUUCUUUUGAUACAAAACUGAAUUUACAAAAAAGCAUGUUAAAAAAAUGUUUUUUUUUAUUUUGUGAUACAAAAAAAAAUAUUUUCUUCUAUUAUAAAAUAAGGAAAGGUGAGGGUUUUUUUUAAUGAGAUUUUUUAUAAUAGACUUUGAUUUAGUCUUUCAGUAUGUUUUUGUAUGCAUUUCAAUACAAUUUUUUGUAUUUACGCGCAAAUGGGACUUUUACAGAUUAUUUGAAACGAAGAUUUUGUCGUGCCUUUUACAGAUAAAAUAUUUUUAGCGCAUAAAACUUAUAUCAAAUUUAUAAAUUGUUUAUAAACCAUUUAUAAGAUAGUGGAGAAAGUUCAAAGAACUUGGUUCACUUUUUAAUUAUGUACGACUGUUGACCGAUUUUCAACAAUCAUACACCAAAUCACCAUGUAUUUUAUAGUAAUACCGUUUAAAGAUUUUAUGAGAAAAUAAAUUUAAAAAAAUAGA